AUGCGAUUCCCAGUGGCGAGUCUUCUGCUUUCUUCGGCUCUCUGGGGGAGAGUCGCCCUGGGGCUGUCUGCUGCUGAAUGGCGCUCUCAGUCUAUCUAUUUUCUCCUGACGGAUCGGUUUGGUCGCACGGAUAACUCGACCACGGCGACGUGUGAUGCUGUGGAGGGGGUGUAUUGUGGUGGAAGCUGGCAGGGCAUUAUCAACCAUCUGGACUAUAUCCAGGGCAUGGGUUUCACGGCCAUCUGGAUCUCGCCCAUAACAGAGCAACUUUCCCAAGACACCUCCGACGGCGAGGCCUACCAUGGCUACUGGCAGCAGAAUAUCUACUCGGUCAACUCCAACUUCGGCACAGCCGACGACCUCAAAGCCCUCUCCGCGGCCCUGCACGACCGCGGGAUGUAUCUCAUGGUCGACGUUGUUCCAAACCACAUGGGCUACGCCGGUGAUGGCGACGAUGUCGACUACAGCGUCUUCGACCCCUUCAACUCCUCCUCCUACUUCCACCCCUACUGCCUCAUCACCGAUUAUAAUGACAUCGAAAUGGCCCAGGACUGUUGGGAAGGCGACACGAUCGUCUCCCUUCCCGAUCUGAAUACCACGGAGACAGCCGUGCGGACGAUCUGGUAUGAUUGGGUGGCGGAUCUGGUGGCUAAUUAUUCCAUUGAUGGCCUCCGCAUUGAUAGUGUUCUUGAGGUCGAGCCCUCCUUCUUCCCCGGGUAUGUCGACGCGGCGGGAGUAUACUGCGUCGGGGAGGUUGAUGAUGGCGAUCCGGCUCUGGUUUGUCCGUAUCAGGAGUAUGUGGAUGGGGUGUUGAAUUAUCCUAUUUACUGGAAACUCCUCUACGCCUUCGAAUCCACUAGCGGCAGCAUCGCUAACCUCUACGACAUGAUCAACUCCGUUGCGAGCGACUGCUCCGACCCAACCUUGCUGGGUAACUUUGCUGAAAACCACGAUAAUCCUCGUUUUGCAUACUACACAUCCGACUAUUCCCAAGCCAAAAACGUCCUCAGCUACAUCUUCUUUUCGGACGGGAUCCCCAUCGUCUACGCGGGCGAAGAACAGCACUAUUCGGGCGGCGACGUGCCCCGUAACCGCGAAGCCACCUGGCUGUCGGGGUACGACACCUCCGCGGAGCUGUACGAGUGGAUUGCUACCACGAAUGCGAUUAGGAAGAUUGCUGUAGAGAUGGAUAGUGCGUAUAUAACUUAUCAGAACGACCCAAUCUACAAAGACACCACGACCCUCGGGAUGCGCAAAGGCCCCUCAGGACACCAACUCAUCACCGUGCUCUCCAACAAAGGCGCCGACGGGGCAAGCUACACCCUAACCCUCAGCGGCAGCGGGUAUACCUCUGGCACAGUCCUGAUCGAAGCGUACUCCUGUGUCGAGGUGACCGUCGACUCGAACGGCGAUAUCCCUGUCGCCAUGGCUUCCGGCUUGCCUAGAGUGUUCUUGCCAGCAGCGGAUGUGCAGGGGAGUGGACUUUGCGGUACCACUACCACUACCACCAGCACCUCAUCCUCUUCUUCAGCUACUGCUACAUCCACAUCCACCACCGUCACUAGUGCAACAGCAACCUGUACCGCAACAACAAGUACCGUCCCCAUAACCUUUGAAGAAAUCGUCACAACCACCUACGGCGAAGAAAUUUACCUCUCGGGCUCGAUCUCCCAACUCGGAGACUGGGACACCAGCAACGCGGUCAAACUAUCUGCUACCGAUUAUACGGCCAGUGAUCCGGAGUGGUAUGUCACGGUGGAUUUGCCGGCCGGGGUGAACUUUGAAUAUAAGUUUAUUAAGGUGGGGACAGAUGGAGACGUUUCCUGGGAGAGUGAUCCAAAUAGGGAAUUUAGUGUUCCGGAUUGUGGGAGUGGGAGUGAGGUGGUUGUUGAUACGUGGAGGUAAACUAUUUUGUCAUUGUUUUUUUUUUGUGUGUACGGCGUUUAAUAUGGGAGAUUGGUGUUGGC